AGCACAGACAGCCACUCCACUUGCUUUAGCCUAGAAUCACCCCCCCAAAAUCCCGGAGGUAUCCUGGUGCUUGAACUGAUUUUCCAGAGGCAGAAUGGACAUCAAGGAAUAUUUUGCCAGAAUUUCUUACCGGGGCUCCCACAAUAAGCCAGACCUGGGUACCAUGUCAGAUAUAUUCCAGCACCACAUCCAAGCUGUCCCUUUUGAAAACCUCAGCAUCCACUGUGGGGAAACGAUUGAGCUGGACCUGGAAGCAACCUACAACAAGAUAGUGAGGAAGAAACGUGGGGGCUGGUGCAUGGAAAACAACUACCUUUUGUCUUGGGUCCUGAAAACUCUGGGCUAUGACGUCACCCUUCUGGGAGCAAAAGUUUUUGUUCCGGAGCACGACGCCUACCCAGAGGAAAUGGAUCAUCUGCUGCUAAAAGUGGUGCUUGAUGGCAAAUCCUACAUCGUGGAUGGGGGGUUUGGGAUGGCCUACCAGCUGUGGCAGCCAAUGGAGCUGAUUUCAGGGACAGAUCAGCCGCAGACUCCCGGGGUCUUUCGCUUCCUGGAGGAGAGCGGGACCUGGUACCUCGAGAAGGUGAAAAGGAAGCAGUGGGUUUCCAACCAAGGUGCUUCCACUUCCCACAACGUGGAAGAUGAAGUCUGCCGUCGGAUUUACCUCUUUACCCUUCAGCCACGAGACAUUGAAGAGUUCAGAGGCUGCAAUGCCCACCUGCAGACAGCGCCCGACUCGCUCUUUGUGACCAAGUCUAUCUGCAGCCUGCAGACUGCCGACGGCAUCCGGGCACUGGUGGGGUGGAAACUCACUGAGAUGAAGUACAAUUAUAGGGACAAUAUGGAUCUUGUGGAAAUCAGAAUGCUUGCAGAUGAAGAAAUAGAGAAAACACUGAAAGAGAAAUUCAAUAUAACACUAGACAAGAAAUUUGUACCCGUCAAUACAAGCAGGUUGUCUCUGUUCUAACUCACUGCCUGAAUUAUAAUUCAAUUCAGGGGCAUUACAGGCAAUUCCUCCCCCUCUUUCUGACAAGCAUCUAAAGGUUGAGCUUUUCCCUUCCAUCUACACCAGUGUAAAGCAGAACAUACUGGCACGAAUCUGGAAAAGAAAUGGAUUUUCACAACUAUUCCUACAUCUCUUUUUGAUUUGGGUACAAAUAACUCCUUCGCAGCUCAAUCAAAUCACUGUCCUCUAUUUGUGCUUAGCGGGGAGCACACUCUGCCCAUUCCCUACUCCUUUCAUCUCUUAAAAGCUUCUCUAAACACACCCAGAGCAGCUGGGCAGAAUGAUGGAACUGCAUGGCUCUUUCUUUAUUACCUGGUGCUGCCACCUGGGGAAAAUCAUAUCCACCUCUUAAAUGAACACUAUAUUAUUUUGGGAAUUUAACAGCCAGAAAAACAAAGACAUCCUGUGCUGAGUUUGCUCCUCAAGCCUGUCCUUUUUGCUCCUGCAUCCACAACACCCUCUCACGUGGCAGUCAGAUGGUGUCACACCUGUGCUGCACCGUAAGAAUACUUAAGGACAGGUUAUUUAUGGCCUAAAACAGAUGAUAAGAAAUAUUAGCGACAAUUCUGUCUUGUUUCAGACUUUACACGACUCCAGUUCUCUGAGUGACAUAACCAAAAAGCAGUAUUUCUUUGAACUUAAAGCAUUUCCUGAGCAUUUUGUUUGCUACCACCCAGCAGCAGACUGCUGGGAAUACAUGUUCCUCUCGUCACUCUGAGUGUUAUUGCACAUUAAUUAUUAUGGUUGAACCCAAAAACAGGCACAGAAUUAUUUAUCUGAAAUAUAUCUGUUCUACUGAGGAUGUGUUUGCAGUGAUACAAAUUAUAUUGAUAAAAGGAGAAACUAUGAAUCUUAAUCACAUACCUAAAGGCUAAGAUUUCUAGUAGGAGAAAUUACUCAAAUGUGAUCACUUUGCCCUUUGAGAAGAUACUUGAUGUUCCUUCAUGUACAAAUCUUGGAAGCAUUACAACUAUGCACUUAUAAUUUAGUAAAUUAUAUAAGUGAUUUACAGUUAAAUAAAAAAAAAAAUAAAUAAAGCAUUGUGUGGUAGAAUUAUUCAGACAUUUUCCCCCCCAAAUUACAGCAUGUAUUCCCAAAGUAAAAAAUGUCAUUAAUCACUGCAGUUGUCCUGAUUAUUUUUAUGUGCUAAUAUUUUGCAGCGAAGGCUUUUAAAAAACACAAUAACUCACUGAACCUUUUUUACUUGGUAUGCA